GGGCUUUGCCUGCUCGCUGUCGGCAACGAUAGGACCCCUGAAUUCUCUUUAUGUCAUUUCCCUCUGUUCGUCUCCCCAGCACGUCCAGUUCGUUGCGCGACGCCACCCCCGAAGCUCUCCCGAAGCUCGCCAACGAACUGUCUGUCACCUCGCUUCUUUCCCCGUACAAUGUCAAGUCUGUUUUAAGGAUGGUCAAGACGUUUUUUGUUCAGUCAGGUGCAAUGUACUGCUCCGUUCCCCGAUCUAUCCGUCAGGCUGCCCAAUGCCCCGUUCGCUGAGCCAUACGCCGACGACUAUAGUAGCCUAGGUCAGCAAGGGAGACACUGUGGGCCAAGCAGGGCAGAAGCAUCGAGAGAGAAUUGAUGGUUAGUCGCCUAUGAUCGGGAGGGAUACAGUAUCCUUUAUGUAACGUUAGUAGCUACUAGCCUAGCAGUACCUCUAAAAAAGAGCACCGUAAUGUUUAUUUAUUUAUUCACGUU